AUGUCGCAGGAUUCUCGACGUGCAGGUUCAUUGUCCAGAGAUGUAGCUCAAACAGAUGACCGUACGAGUGACAAUGACCGUGCAUUUACGAGCAACCGAAAUCCUGCCCGCCGGCCGCCAAAUCGACCUCGACCCCAGUCAUGGCAUCCAUAUGGUCCCGUGGAGCCACCACUGGAAUCCAUGUCAUCGCGACCCAUUGGUGUUCAUGCCAUCUUGAAUCAUCCACAGGCAACGGCUGACCUGGCCGCACUCAGCCGUGAACCACUGAGCCUACCGGGACCAUCUUCCUCACCUCGUCCCCAAGGGACGUCGCCUACCACCCGCUCAGGAUAUGCAUUGGCGUCGCAGCCAUUAUCUCCGAGGUCUCAUUCACGGCCGUUGAUGAACCCAGCAUCGCCUUCGGCACGGUUUGUUGGCGGGGGCGGCAGGGCUUCUGGUCAGUCAAGUGUCGCACAGUCACCGCUAGUUACUCACGAACCGUUGAUGGGCCCACGUCUGCCCGCUGCUAGUUCACCUCUGCCCCUAGAGACCGGCCUACGCUCAGUAGCACCUCUCACUGGCAGUCAGCCUCCUACGCUGACUUCGCUGCAUUCUACAACCAGUCUGCAUUCCAGGCGAACCAGUGCGGGCCCGGGGCCUCUCACCAACCCGAACUCCCAAGAAACGAGUCCUAGCACGUCUCAUUCAAAUUUCAGUCCCUUUGGCCGUGUAUCCCCAGCAGUGGCCAGUGUCUCACUCACACAAAGCAAUGCAUCAUAUCCCACUGCACCUCCAUAUAUGACAAUGGACCCUCUGACCCGACCCAUCCCCGCAACAAAAGGCCCCAAACGCCAACCCGAACAAGCCCCCACACGAGCCGGAACACCACAGGGCAGCCCCCUCCCACAGGGAAUGAUACCCUGCGUACUAGACAUGCGAUCAGGCUCUUCAAGCCAAGCCGAAAAGCGCAAAGCCAACAGCGAUGCAUCACGACGGUUCCGCAAUCGCAAGCGCAACGAGAUGCAACUCGAGCAGCGGCUCACCGCACAGCAAGAUGAGAUCCAGCGCAGCGUAGAAACAAUCCGCCGGCAGAGCGAGGAGCUCCGCUCCCUCGUCCAGCAACGAGACCACUACCGCUCCGAGCGAGACUUCUACCGCGAGCACCUCGGCCGCACAAUGUCCCUGAGCGCCUUACCCCCAAGACCCUCUUCUCCCCGCUCCGCCCAACCCACUCUCCUCCCCGCAUCAGAACCGGGCACCACGACGUCUUGGUCGGGCGCCGAUGCUGCCCGAUCCGCUUCAGGCACACAGCCGACUUCGGCGGGUCCAGCUCCACAGGGAAGAAUGAUCGACCCGGUUCAGUCCCAACCUGCCUGGCCUGCAAGUCCGCCGUAUUCUUCAACACCAAUGGCACCCGCCGGACGGGCGGUUGCUGGCCCGCCUUCUGGGUCGCCAUCUGUAUCUGGGGGUCCGCUGCCUCCUUUGCAAGGGUCGUGGUCACGUCCUUGA